CGAUAAACCCCACCGAAGAAGGAAGAAGAAGAACCGUAGGAAGUGUUGACAAAUAAUACAGUUUGACGUUUCACGUCAACGGACAGUGAAUGCAAAUAUUGUUUGCAAUCAAUGCUACUGUAGUCGUUGUACCUUAGCAUAAUUUGUCAGACUUCCAGAGUCAUCUUUUAAUUUAACAUCAUUAUUUAAUCGUACAAAUUGUUCAAUUAUGUGAUGUCGUUUAAGUGAAUCUAGUAGUAGCUGUCAUCCAAGUAGGACAAACGUUAGCUAGUUAUCUAACGUUAUCUCCCAGAGACAACGUUAGCUAGUUAUCUAACGUUAUCUCCCAGAGACAUGGCGACUUAAUAAAUGACCCACCACACGCCUUCAAAUUCGGUGACAGCACAACGUAAAAUAAGCGAUGUCUCAACUUAUGGAUUCUGGAGAGAAUACGCCAUUGCUCAAAGAUGAUUCUGGCAGUGAUGACUCCCAAAAUGAUGAAUACAAGAGUAGAUGGCGGUCAAUUCGUGUAAUGUACUUCACAAUGUUUCUAAGCAGCGUUGGUUUCACUAUUGUCAUCACGUCAGUAUGGCCGUAUCUGCAAAAGAUUGAUGACAGUGCCAGCGCUAGUUUCCUGGGCUGGGUGGUGGCGUCCUACAGCUUGGGCCAGAUGCUGGCGUCCCCCCUCUUUGGGCUCUGGUCCAAUCACAGACCCAGGAGAGAACCGCUGGCCUGCUCUAUUUUCAUCAACGUCACAGCCAACAUCUACUACUCCUACAUCUACCUACCCACAUCACAGAACAAAUACCACAUGCUCAUGUCUCGAGCUUUAGUAGGUUUUGGAGCAGGGAACGUAGCUGUUGUGAGGUCCUAUGUUGCUGGAGCCACCUCACUGAAGGAGAGGAACAGUGCUAUGGCUAACACAAGUGCCUGUCAGGCUCUGGGGUUCAUUCUGGGUCCAGCUCUCCAGGCCGGUUUGUCAUUUAUUGGUGAACAGGGUGUUAGCGUGAAGGUAAUUGACCUACAGUUGAAUAUGUACACCGCCCCAGCUCUACUGGCUGCAUUAUUUGGCGUCAUCAAUAUCCUGCUCGUCCUAUUAGUACUAAGGGAACACCAAGUUGACGACUAUGGAAGACAUAUCAGAGCCAUCAAUUAUGUGUCUGAAGAACGACUGAAUGUCAGCCAGGAAACAGAAGGGGAUAUUGAUCAAGUUGCUGUCUUGACCUCCAAUGUUCUAUUUUUCAUCAUCAUGUUCAUGUUCGCAGUCUUUGAGACCAUAGCCACACCCCUAUCUAUGGACAUGUUCUCUUGGACUAGGAAGGAUGCAGUGCUAUACAACGGUAUCAUACUGUCCUGCGUCGGCUUUGAGUCCAUCCUGGUGUUUCUACUUGUGAAGGUUCUCUCUCAAAGGAUUGGUGAUCGUCCUGUGCUCCUUGGAGGCUUGGCCAUCAUAUUCUGUGGCUUCUUUGUCCUGCUCCCAUGGGGGAACCAUUACCCUGCGAUCCAGUGGGCAGACCUCAAGAAUAACACUGUCAUCCACGAGGCGUUUGCCCCAACCCCGGUCUCCAACAGCUCCUUCGAGCCGACAGGCUGUCCUGCUGAACAGACAUGGUGCCAGUAUACCCCCGCCAUUCACUUGGCACAGUUCCUUACCGCCGACGUCCUCAUUGGAGCGGGCUACCCGGCCUGCAACGUGAUAUCCUACACGCUCUACUCCAAAAUCUUAGGGUCCAAGCCUCAGGGUGUGUACAUGGGGUGGUUGACAGCCUCCGGUAGCGGGGCCCGGACCCUGGGGCCCGUGUUCGUCUCCCAGGUGUACACAAUCCUGGGUCCACGUUGGGCUUUCAGCCUCAUCUGUGGCAUGGUGCUGGGGGCCAUAUUUCUCCUGGGGGCCCUCUACCACAAACUCAUCUCCUUCGCCGUGCGUCACGGCAGGAUCCUGGAGUAACAAAUGUAGACUUUGUCGACUUUUACCCUAAAAUGAGAAGCUUUCACUAAUGAAGUUGCUGCCGGGGAUGUGCUGACAGUUUCACAAUGCCUUAUAGUUUGUUACUCAGGUUUGAUAUUGAAGAUGUUUGGUUCAAGAACAAAAACGGUAGGGCCAUUUAUUUUCGCUGCUGUUGAGAGUCACUUCUCUAGUUGAAAAGGAACUACUUCUACCACUAAUUGUACUGCAGUAACGGCUACUUCUCUGACUUUGUAUGGAAAAGCAAUUUCAAAAUGAGCUCUCUCUCUCUCUCUCUUUGAAAGUGUACUUGGCUUGUUUUGGGGGAACCACUGAUUUAAACAUCGGUUAAUUUGUUACAUUUUAUGUUGUAACUGGUUUGAAUAAUGGUAACUUUUAGUAUUGAAUAAUAUGUACAGGUAUGUAGUUGAAGUGACUGAUUCCAACAGAGUCACUUGUUAUUGAAAUAAUGGAAAACCUGUUAUGUGAUAUUGUGGGAAUAAACUCAGCAAAAAAAGAAACUUGCCUUUUUCAAGACCCUGUCUUUCAAAGAUAAUUUGUAAAAAUCCUAAUAACUUCACAGAUCUUCAUUGUAAAGGGUUUAAACACUGUAUCCCAUGCUUGUUCAUUGAAUCAUAAACAAUUAAUGAACAUGCACCUGUGGAACGGUCGUUAAGACACUAACAGCUUACAGACGGUAGGCAAUUAAGGUCACAGUUCUGAAAACUUAAGACACUUACACCGAGGCCUGUACUCUGGAGCGGGAUCAAUUGAGGUGGAGUGUCCGUCAUUGUCUGGGGCGGUGGAUCACAGCAUCAUCGGACUGAGCUUGUUGUCAUUGCAGGCAAUCUCAAUGCUGUGCGUUACAGGGAAGGCAUCCUCCUCCCUUAUGUGGUACCCUUUCUGCAGGCUCAUCCUGACAUGACCCUCCAGCAUGACAAUGCCACCACGCACAGAAUGAGCAGUAUGGCUGAUUUCCUGCAAGACAGGAAUGUCAGUGUUCUGCCAUGGCCAGCGAAGAGCCCGGAUCUCAAUCGCAUUGAGCACGUCUGGGACCUGUUGGAUCAGAGGGUGAGGACUAGGGCCCUUCCCCCCAGAAAUGUCCGGGAACUUGCAGGUGCCUUGGUGGACGAGUGGGGUAACAUCUCACAGCAAGACCUGGCAAAUCUGGUGUAGUCCAUGAGGAGGAGAUAUACUGCAGCACUUAAUGCAGCUGGUGGCCACACCAGAUACUGACAGUUACUUUUGAUUUUGACCCCGCCCGUUGUUCAGGGACACAUUUUUCCAUUUCUGUUAGUCACAUGUCUGUGGAACUUGUUCAGUUUGUCUCAGUUGUUGAAUCUUAUGUUCAUACAAAUAUUUGCACGUUAAGUUUGCUGAAAAUAAACGCAGUUGACAGUGAGAGGACGUUUCUAAUUUUUUUUUGCUGAGUUUAUAUUGAAAUAUGUUAUAAGAAGAGGUGCAAGUCUUGCUUGUGAAUCUUAAUGCAUUUACAUCAUUGUUUUUUAUCUAUUAAAAGUAUAUAAUUUUUGUGAAUUUUGAAUAAAAAUAGUAUUUAGAAACAUAUUUUGUUAUACUAACAUGAGUCCUGCUUCUAUCACAGAUGUGCUUUUACCACAUCUUGACUUUGUUGUUCUUUGAAGCAGUCUUACAUCCUGAUAAUUAUUUGCUAUCAUGAGAUUGUAAUUUUUUACGAUACAUUGAUAAUGCCUACAGUAAGAAUCCAUGUUUUAUGUGAUAAGAAUAAAUGCAGUCACAUAUCAAAA